CCGCGCCCCCCGCGCCCCCGGCCCCCGGCCCCAGCCCCGCCGCUCGCUCCCGCCGACGCAGUGCACACUGCCCAGAGGAGAAGAUGGAUUGGAGCACAUUGCAGACUAUUCUGGGGGGUGUCAAUAAACACUCCACCAGUAUUGGGAAAAUCUGGCUCACUGUCCUUUUCAUUUUCCGAAUUAUGAUCCUUGUUGUAGCUGCAAAGGAAGUGUGGGGAGAUGAGCAAGCCGAUUUUGUCUGCAACACUUUACAGCCAGGGUGCAAAAAUGUCUGCUACGAUCACUAUUUCCCCAUCUCUCACAUCCGACUGUGGGCUCUUCAGCUGAUCUUCGUGUCCACGCCAGCUCUCUUGGUGGCCAUGCAUGUUGCCUACCGGAGACAUGAAAAGAAGAGGAAGUUCAUUAAAGGAGAGAUAAAGAGUGAAUUUAAAGACAUCGAAGAGAUCAAAAGCCAGAAGGUCCGUAUCGAAGGGUCACUGUGGUGGACAUACACCAGCAGCAUCUUCUUCCGGGUCAUCUUUGAGGCUGUCUUCAUGUAUGUCUUCUAUGUCAUGUAUGACGGGUUCGCCAUGCAGCGUUUGGUGAAGUGUAACGCGUGGCCUUGUCCCAAUACAGUGGACUGCUUCGUUUCCAGGCCCACAGAAAAGACUGUCUUUACGGUUUUCAUGAUAGCAGUGUCUGGAAUUUGCAUACUGCUAAAUGUCACUGAAUUGUGUUAUUUGCUAAUUAGAUAUUGUUCUGGAAAGUCAAAAAAACCAGUUUAACACAUUACUGAGCUAUCAGAUAAGAGAGAGCAUGAAAGGAUGAGGCGCCUGUGCUUAUCGGCCAAAGCACAGUCACCAGCAUUCCUCAUAAAAGUUCUUGUCUUAAGUGCAACCCUUGGAAACUACUGUAGAUUCACAUGAAAUUCCACACGCCUCCGACGAAGCUGCACUCUCCCAAAGCUUCAAAGCAGAGGCUAAUUCUGUGCCUGUAUUGAUUUUUACUAAAAUUAGUUUCAAUGGAACCCGGUGUUGGCAGGGGUUAUAUGUGUUAGGUACUUUCAUAUUUUAACAGAAGAUAUCGGCGUUUAUUUCUUUCUUUGAGGAAGGGAGAGAAAUGCCAGGUCCCAAAGGGAACACUAAGAAGGUCCAGUUGCUCCUCUUAGGGUUCCCUUUGUCGUUUUUCCUGAAUUAAAAGUAAACAUAGAGAAUCUUGGUUCUUUUAUUUGCUUUGGAAGUUUUAGUCUCUUAACGAUGGACAAGGUUAAUGCUUCAAACUGUUAUACUUUUUUUAAGUGAAAACUUUAAAAUAAGACAUUUCUUUUAAUCUACAAGAUGUUCUGAAAACUAUUAUAUGUCUCUCCUAUUUCGAAGGCUCUGAUUGUGAUAUGUAAAUGGUGUCUAAUUAGGUACUAUCAUUUAAUUUAAAAUAUGGCCUUAGAGUUAUGCAUAAUCUGCAGUGCCACUGAGAGGCUGUCCACUAUGCUAAUAGUGGUAUGUAGUACAUAAAAACAUUUUAGCCUCCCUCAAGGGCAACAAACUACAAGUUCUUAGUGAUGGCUUAGAUAGCAAAUGGCCUCAUUUUAUAAAUCUAGGUCUAAUUUUGCAUAAGAAAUACAGACUGGAGGUACCACCACCAACUGCCAACAGCAGUCUGGCUCCAGACGCCCUCCCUCCCUUCACAGUGUGUGCCUUCUCCAUCACUGUGGUAAACGCGAGGAACGCUGAUGUAAAGAGGCUACCUGGGACCUUUUAUUGCCACAGUACACAUCAUGGUGCAGAACAAAUUGGGGGGGGGGGGUGGUACUAUUUUUAAAGAACAGAUGGAAAGACUAGACUCUACAUUCUGAUGAUUAAAAAUGAGUUUUGUCUGCUUCGAAAGUUUGUUUCCCUCUUCAACAUUGAGUUUUUUAAGUGAAAAUAGAAUUAAUAGACAUUUUAAAAAAAAUAGAAACUAGGGUUUAGAUAAAUGUUUAGCAGUUCUAUAGAACAAAUUGAACCCUAAUAUUAUCAUUAUGCCUGAUAUGGUUUCCAACAAAUGGUAUUCAACAUACUUCAAUGAGUGUAAACAUUUUCGUGUUGCCAGGAAUAGCGUUAUAAAAACGCUGUGUAAUACCAAAUAAUAGCUUUAAUUACAUGCUUGUAACUAAAAUAAUUUUGUAAUGUCUCAAAUGUCAUUUAAAUAUUAAAAAUAUAAGUUAUUUAAAAUCUAUUGCAGUUUUUAAUAGAAUAGCAGAUUUUAAUUUCAUCUGUAGCCAGUUUUGUAUAAGUAUGUUAAUAUUUUAUGUUUCAUAACACCAAAGAGGUAAGUUACCAGGGUGUCUGUCCACCAUUCUGGGAGUCUUUUGCCCCAGUUACAGAAGAGCUUCUGUCACUGGAAAGAUUGACUGGUAAGAGAAAAAGAAAGGUUUUUUUCUGUCCAACCCCAUGCUCACCUCUCCCAGGUUUUCGAUGGACACUUGCAUAGUAUGGUGUAUGGACUGGAUUUGUAGCUUGGAGAAUGCUGAGUUGGCUUCACAUGGCCAGUUUGGCUCCUAGAAGAAUCAUGGAAGCUGACACUUUAAAAUGUUAUUCAUGGUGAGGGUUGGCUGAGGCAUGAGAAAAAUUCUAUGAGGUGUCUUUUUCUAUGGGAUUUUCUUCCUGUAUAUUUGUAUGUAACCAAAGCUGUCUUAUGAAACUCCUUUUUAUUCUUUGGUGCCCACUUCCAUGGGAAAUAAACCCAACAGGCCAUCCUG